CUCUCUCUCUCUCUCUCUCUCUCUCUCUGCACCCACCGUUCGGUGCUUCGGCAUUGACUAUCGCUCAGUUGGCGUUAAGCCGAGGACGGGAGAGAUAUACAUAAAAAGGAAGAAGAAGAGAAACUGAGAGAACAACUAAAGAAGAAGAAGAAGAAGAAGAAGAAGAAGAAGAAGAACGGGGAUAAGAUAGAUGAUGAUGGACCUUGUAUUGAGAGAGAGACAAAGCACAGAGGAGAUGAUGUGGACGGAGGAGAAUAGGCGAGAGAUGAAGAGGGAAGAGAAGGAGGAGGGAGAGAAAGGAGAGAAGAAAUACCCAGAUACUUUUGAAGACACUGAUGAUGAAAACCCACCUGACGAAGAAGGAGGAGGAGGAGGAGGAGGAGGAGGAGGAGGAGGAGAAAGAGGUGGGUUAGAAAAUUUUGGAACCAAUGAAAGAAUAAGAAAAAUCGUUAAUGAAAGAGAAAUAGAAAGACAAGAAGGAGACGAAGAAGUAGGAAGAGAAAGAGGAAGAGGAAGAGGAAUAGGAUUAAGACACAGAUGCUUCAUGUCUCAAUGCAAAGAGAGAAUAAGAGGAGGCAGUCACCGAGAAGAAAGAGAAAGGGGAGGAGGAGGAGGAGGAGGAGGAAUGAGAGAAGAAGAGGAGAGAGAGAGAGUGGAGAGAGAACACAGACGAAUACAAAGUGAGAGUGGCGUGGAACCAGUGAGACAAAAACAAAGAAUAACAAGAACCACGAACCAAGAAACUCCAUCAAAACACCCCAAUGAAACUGACUUUACCCACGCAACACACACCACACUACACCCACUACCCUUACCACAGAGCUACCCACACCCACACCAACACCCAUACCACCACGCUACACCUUACCAGUACCCUCUACUCUACCCACAAUGCACUUACAACCCGCCAAACACGCUACCAAUCACAGGGAAGAGAAAACAUUAUACAUCACUUACGAAAGACUACAUAACUGGGCUUGCAUUCUUAGCCAGAGUGGACAGAGUUGCAAGGGUGAUGGUUGGUAGAAGUAUGUCUAUUAUGGAGGUGCGGCAGUGCUCCUCGCCAGCCCUGCGUCUCCUAGUGCCCCAAAGUGAAGGAGUGGCAGCAGAAGGAGAGGAUAAGUGCCUGCAAGACCUUCACAGCCUCCAGCAGACGAUAUCUCAGUGUUCUAGCGGUGGGAAGGGCAUUGUCACUCCGGAGCUCAGAAUCUACUGCAGAAGUUUGUUGUUAGCAGUUCUGUGUCCGGGGCGCCACCAGCCACGCUUCAUUCUGGUGGAGAACGGCGUGAAAGAGCUGGAGGGGCGCGCCUUCCUAGAUCAUGGCGCCAGUCAGGUCAAAUACUGCUGGAGUGUUGCCUCGUCUCUCUGUAUCAUUCUGGAACGUGUAGGUUGGGUUCCCUCCGCGCAAUGAUCCAAGUUUCGAGUCCAGAUGGUGACGCAAUUGUGAAGUCGGUGUGGUGAUCUUAAGCGCGUCCACAUGACCUGUUCUGUGACACGCAGCCCACCAUCUCGUAGCAGCAGCAGCAGCAACAGUAGUAGUAAUAGUAGUAGUAGUAGUAGUAGUAGUAGUAGUGGUGGUGGUGGCGGUGGUGUUGAGAAUAUACUGAUCAAGAAUGCAUGACAACAAUAAUAAUAAUAAUAAUAAUAAUAAUAAUAAUAAUAAUAAUUUUUUGUACCCCAGGCAUGAGUAUUGUAAUUUCAAGCUUUCUAUUACACUCAAAAAUGAAAAGAACAUGUAAAAAAAUGAUAAUAAAUGAAAAAUAACCCUU